UUGUUAGCUAUAUUUUUAGUUUUCUAAAUAUUAACUUCAUCAGGAGUAUAGUUUGCGAUGUUUCUAAUUACUUGUAAUUUCGCUCCAUUAUUCUUUAGUCGUAAAAGUGAUUUUUCAGCUCAAAAACGAUUUUAACCAACCAAUAUUACCAUUUUACUUCUUGAAGAAAUCAUGAUUAACAUCAGCGUGAUGCGAUUUCAAGACCACUACACCGCCAAUUUAACGUGCAGUCUGUAGGUUCAAUUCCACCAUGACUAUAUCAAAUCAACUUGUAGUCCCUAUUGUAUUAUGGGGUAAUAAAGCCCCAACACACUGUGUAUCUGCUAUUCAUUUAACUCAUGAUCAAAGAACUUUAGUUACUGGGUGUAAUGAUGGUCGUAUUUGUGUUUGGGAUGUAUCAACAUCAGAUAAAGGUUUGCAGAUUACUCCCCGUUGCUUGUUGUUUGGCCAUUCGGCUGCUGUUCUUUGUCUCACACAUGGAAGCUUGUCUUCAGACAGUACACUCUUAGUUAGCUCUUCUGAAGCUGGAGAGAUGUCUUUAUGGGAUGUAACUGAUGGACGUUGUCUUGAGAGUGUUAAGUUGCAGUACAUUCACACAGCCAUUCAUUCUUAUCAUGUGUCUAAAUCAAAUGAUGUGCGGUUGUUUUGUAAUGGUUAUUAUGCAGAGAUUCUAGUAAUGGAUGUUCUCACGUUAGAUAUUCUAUUCACUUUAUCGUCACGUGUUAAUCCUGAUUGGAUGAGUGCAAUACACGUUCUUCGUCCUGUGAAAAGUCAUGAUGACAUUGUUGUUGGUUUGUCUGCUUCAGGUUAUAUCAAAGUAUGGACAAUUACUGGAAAUGAAGCUAAAAAUGAACGAGUUUAUGAAGAUGAGUCAAAGCCAAUUCGAUGCCUGAAUGCCCUGAAAUUGACCUGUUGUGCUUUUAAUCAAAGGACACUUCUUAUUGUUUGUACCAAAUAUUGGCAGGUUUAUGAUGCUGGGGAUUUUUCGCUGUUGUGCUCUGCAGAUAAUCCCCGAGAUGAACGUUGGAUGGGUGGUGAUUUCUUAGCUACUGACAGAGUUUUAAUUUUCAGUGAUAGUGGAAAAGGAUAUAUGUAUAGAUUACCUUCUAAUUGCGAUGGAAGCAGUGAAGAUUUUCAUUCAAAAUCGAAAGCAAUGGAUCAGCCACUUCUGUAUGGAACUUUAGCCUUACCAAAUGAAAAAAGAUUGCUCUGCCCUCCUGUAAUGAGUUUCACUUCUGCCCGUGGACACUCUGAAAAGAUUUUGCUUCGUGGAGAUUCGAAUGGUCGAGUAUCAUUUUGGAACUUACCCACUAUUGCAGAUGCUGAUGUUAAAAAAAUAAUUUCUGACAAAGUUGCACCAUGUCCUGAACAUCAUCCUAAAUCUACUAUCAGUUUACAAGAAGCAUGGGAUUCAAUGUCACCUACCCCUGCUGGAAUACUAGACCAAAUGCUCACCCCUGAUUACCCUAACUUCAAAUUAACCGCAAGUGUUUACCUUCCACUACAAGGUCGUCUAGUUCUGGGUCGUGAAGAUGGUUCCAUCAUCAUUAUAUCUGCCACUCAAACUGUUCUUUUACAGUUAUUGUAUGGAAAACAUCAAACUUAUGAAGAUUGGCCACCUCACCAGCUAUUACAUGGCCAUAAUGGACGAGUAAAUUGUUUACUCUACCCACAUCUUAUCCAUAAUCGAUAUGACAUUGCACACUUGUUGUCAGGUGGGGUUGAUUUUUCAGUGUGCUUGUGGGACAUCUACACUGGAACUCUUCUACAUCGUUUCUGUGUGCAUGCCGGUGAAAUAACACAGCUUAUUGUUCCUCCUGUCAAUUGCAAUAAUCGAGUUCUACACUCUAUUUGCUCUGUAGCAAGUGACCAUUCUGUUUCUCUGCUGGCACUGAAAGACAAGAAAUGCAUCAUGUUAGCCAGUAGGCAUCUUUUUCCGAUCCAAGUGAUUAAAUUCCGACCAUUAGAUGAUUUCAUGAUCGUUGGUUGUGCAGAUGGAUCAGUUUAUGUUUGGCAAAUGGAAACAGGUCACCUGGACAGAUAUGUACAAGGUCUUCCUGCAGAAGAAAUCUUAAGUGCUUGUGAUGAAAAUAUUGUCAGCUCUGGCGAUCGAAUGACUAAUCCAGCGAUUCAUUUCCUACGUGGUUUAAGGCAUCGGAAUUUAGCAGCGAUACGCCAUGCCACUCAAAGAGGAUUGAAUCAACUCCAUCACCCACAAGCUCAUCCUUCCCCCCAAAGUGCAAUCGAUGGAACCGAAAUGCAGCGUUCUAGAGCCCAGCCUCUCAUGAUUCAAGGCCUAAAGACCAAUCCUAAAGACCAAGAUAGUCAUGUCCUGUUUUUUGAUAUUGAAGCUUUAGUUGUUCAACUUCUAAGUGAAGAGUAUGCAUCCCUUUCACCUGGGCAAUUAGAAGUCCAAGGUCUAAUUAACCCUUCUGAACAGCAAAAAUAUUUAGCUCUUUCAACGUCUCCAGAGACUCAGAAAAAAUUUUCUGGACUUUUAGCAAAAGUAAAAGAUACAGCUGAAAAUGCUGCCCAAAAAAUUCAAGCCAAAGCUGAAAGUGUUGGAUUCAAAACCACUUCAGGAGAAAUUACUAUUCGCAGAAAGGAUUCUGGUGAAAGCAACGGCAGUGAUGGAAAGAAAACACGUCAAAUGAAUCUAGCGGAAACAAACCUAACUAUGGAAAUUGCUCAACUGUUGUUGUCUCUUCUUCAUGCUUGGGGAUUGGAUUCUGAACUGGAUAGAGUCUGCGAGAACAAGCUAGGAUUGUUGAGACCAAUGAGGCCUGUUUGUUUUGGUCUGUUGUCUCGUGGCGGCCAUAUGGCUUUGAUUUUGCCAACUUACCUUCACACUUUACAAAGUGGAGUUCAAAAGAAACCUCCACCACCAAUGGAAGGGAAGCAUGUCAGAUUAGUGGCCCCAGCUAUACCACCAGAGUUGCUUUUAGAAGAAGAAAGAGCACGGGUGUUUUCCUCUCGAGGACACUGGGAGCUGUCGACAGCCAUGACCACCACUCAUUUGUUAGCCAUUAUUGCUUUGGCAAACACUCUAAUGUCUAUGAAUAGUGCCACAUUCAUUCCUGAACAAGAAAGAAGAAGAAAGCUUCACAGGAGACUCAGUCGUGCUGAUAGUAAAGCUGUGAAUUCCCAACCAACGUCACCAGGUACAUUUUCAGCUCAUUCUCAACCUGGUACACCCAGUUCACUUCCUGAUACCAAUAGAAAGGAAGAUGUUGUGCAAGCAAUGAUGGCAGCUGAAGCAGGUGCAUUUAGCAGUCAGCAGGCUGCAAUUAAACAGGGUUGGAGUUUGCUGGCUGCUCUUCACUGCGUUCUCUUGCCAGAUUUAGUGAAAUCAGAGAAAUACAAAACCCCUCAAGUGGAGAUGCUUGCUAGGAGAUGGCAAGAUAGGUGUCUAGAGGUGAGAGAGGCUGCUCAAGCAUUGUUGCUGGCGGAAUUAAGACGCAUAUCACCAAAAGGUCGUAAAAAGUUGGUUGAAGAAUGGGCACCAUAUUUACCUAAUUAUGGUGAGCCUUAUCCAAAGAAUGCUAAUACUCCACAACAACACCCUCAUGGUGUUGAUAAUGCAAAUUCUGUUGCUCCUGCAACAAAUGUAUCCACAAACAAUGCAAACAAUAAUGAACAUGCAGAUCAUACUAAAGAUGAGGAACAUUUCUCUGAAGACGAAGAAACAGAAGAACAUAGCUUAGAAGAUACAAGCCAUAGAAGGCCUUCUAGUGCCACAGAAGGUAAAAGGAAGCAAACAACUGCUAUUGUUUUACUGGGUGUUAUCGGUGCAGAAUAUGGUCAUGAAAUUGAAACUAGUAAAAAGAGCACACCAGAUGAUCAGAAAAGACGCAGUGUUGUCGAAGGGUUUGGACUCACAAAUUACUCACUUGCUCGAUAUACUAGUCAGGCAUUAGCAUUUCUCUUGUUAGUUCCACCUUCUGCUGCCUUUCCUCAACAUACUGCUUUAAGACGAGCAGCUAUUGAUUUGAUUGGGCGAGGAUUUACUGUAUGGCAACCUUAUUUAGAUGUCUCCAAAAUUCUACUUGGCCUGUUAGAGUUAUGUUGCGACUCUGAUAAGCUAGUUCCCAGUAUGUCUUAUGGGUUGCCUCUAACCCCAGCUGCUGAUUCCUGCAGAACAGCUCGCCAUGCUCUUUCAUUGAUUGCUCUUGCUCGACCUGCAACAUUUAUCACCACACUUGUAAAAGAGGUGGCUCGCUACAAUACUCUAGCUCAAAAUGCUCAAACACUGAACAUUUCUAUGCACAUGACUGUUCUAAAUCGAUCGAAGCCAGAGAUAUUACGUGUUAUUGAAAUAUUGAUGGACAAAAAGCAAACCGAUGUUUCUGAUCUUCUUGUAGAGGUAAUGGACAUUGUUAUUCACUGCCUUGAUCAUACUCAGUUAAAAGCAAGAGGGUUAAAGGAAACAUUUCCAGCUAUAUGCAGAUUUUACAAUGUUACAUAUUGUAGUUCAACAAGACGUAUUGCUGUGGGUGCAAAAAGUGGAUCGUUAGCAAUAUACGAAUUAAGAGCUUCCAAGUGUCAAAAUAUUUCUGCUCAUGCAGCAGCUAUCAAUGCCUGUUCAUUUUCACCAGAUGGAAAGUAUCUUGCAUCUUACUCUAAUCAAGAAAAUAAAUUAUGCUUUUGGCAGACUGCAACUGGCUUGUUUGGACUUGGAAACGCUCAGACACGUUGCAUCCGCACGUACAACACCCCUCUCUUGAAUGAAGCUGCCAAAAACAACCCCUUAAGGAUGGCUAGGUUGCAAUGGGGUGCUAAUAAAAUAGUCAGCUUAAUUACAGAAGAUCACCUCGAAUACAAAUUCAGUGUAACUUGAAAAUUUAAAUGGACAAUAUCCUUCUCCUGUUUGACAUUCCAGAUUUAACUUAUCGGAUUAAUUCAUGAAUGUGCUCUUUAAAUGUUGUAUUUUAGUAGAUGUAGAGUCGUCUUUUCAAAUCUUUCCUUUUAUAAAGAAUGGACUAAAUUAAACAAAAAAAAAUUAUAGCUUAUUAUAAAUGUGUGAUACAGCAGUACAUAAGAAUAAUGAUUAAGUGUCCUUGAGCUUGUUUUGUUUUUGUGAAAUCUUCCAAAAAAGGAAAUCUUGUUAAUUUGUCUUUGUGUAAUUUAUUAAUAUAGCUGUAAAUGAAGGAGUCUCAAUUUCUUUGUUUUCUAUAUUUGUAUAUUUACUAGUGCGUUAGAUGUAUUUAUUUACCAGUAGUCCUUUCUCAUUGUGAUAUUGCAAGAAUUAUCAUAAUUUUUUGUGUAUAAAUUUAUUGUAUUUUGAAAGAAGCUUUAUUUGUACUAUGUAAGUUAGAAGCAUUAUGCAUCUAUCCCUGCCAAGUCCACAAAAAUAUGAUUUACCAAUAGCGAGUAUAACCAUAAGUCUCCUCUGUACCUACAACACUGUUUUUUAACAUAAAUUUUUUUUUUUAUAACUUUAAAACUCAAUUUAAUAUAUUUUGCAAACAUUAUUUACAUGUUAUCUUAAAGGUACUAGUUUCAAGGCCAAAAUAUCAAUAAUUUUCCAGAACUUUUUCUAACAGUCGGGUAAUCUAAUAAUAAUAAUAAUAAUAAAAGGUGCUUCAUGUAUAGAUUCUUGCCAUAAAUCACCUGGGAGAAAAAGUACCUUCAAGUCUGUCCCUUGUGUAAAUGUCAUGUGGAUUUUAGAAUAUCAAGGAUGAUUUUUCACGUACGGUAAAUGGAAUAAAUGUCACAAAAUAGCAGGUCGCUUAAAAAUGAAAACAUUUUUAAGAAUUUAUUUUGAAGACUUGGCAGGAUUUGAUAUGCAUUGCAUCAAGUUUUAAUUUAAUUAAUCAGAAAUACAGUUUUGAAAUGUCUCUCUUUUAAAUCACUAAAUAUAUUAAUUAUUUGUAAUGUAUAAGAAUGAUAACAACGAAAAAAUAAGACAUGAAAUGGAUAU